UCCCUCCCCGCCUCCCGGGUUCGCCGGUUGCCACCAUGUCCGCCUCGGCUGUCUUCAUCCUCGACGUCAAGGGCAAGCCCCUGAUCAGCCGCAACUACAAGGGCGAUGUGGCCAUGAGUGAGAUCGAGCACUUCAUGCCUCUGCUCAUGCAGCAGGAAGAGGAGGGUGCCCUGGCCCCAUUGCUGAGCCAUGGCCGGGUCCACUUCCUAUGGAUCAAACACAGCAACCUCUACUUGGUGGCCACCACACUGAAGAACGCCAACGCCUCCCUCGUGUACUCCUUCCUCUACAAGACGGUGGAGGUGUUCUCUGAGUACUUCAAGGAGCUGGAGGAGGAGAGCAUCCGUGACAACUUUGUCAUCGUCUAUGAGCUGCUGGAUGAACUCAUGGACUUUGGCUUCCCACAGACCACGGACAGCAAGAUUCUACAGGAGUACAUCACGCAGCAGGGCAACAAGCUGGAGACCGGCAAAUCUCGGGUGCCACCCACUGUCACCAACGCUGUGUCCUGGCGCUCCGAGGGUAUCAAGUACAAGAAGAAUGAGGUCUUCAUUGAUGUCAUUGAGUCUGUCAACCUGCUGGUGAGCCCCCCUCCUUCCCUGGCCUGGAGGCAGCAUCAGGUCAACGCUAACGGCAGCGUCCUGCUGAGCGAGAUCGUGGGCACCAUCAAGCUCAAGGUGUUUCUGUCGGGAAUGCCAGAGCUGCGGCUUGGCCUCAACGACCGAGUGCUCUUUGAGCUCACUGGCCGCAGCAAGAACAAGUCCGUGGAGCUGGAGGACGUGAAAUUCCACCAGUGUGUGCGGCUCUCUCGCUUUGACAAUGACCGCACCAUCUCCUUCAUCCCACCUGAUGGCGACUUUGAGCUCAUGUCCUACCGCCUCAGCACCCAGGUCAAGCCAUUGAUCUGGAUUGAGUCCGUCAUUGAGAAGUUCUCCCACAGCCGCGUGGAGAUCAUGGUCAAGGCCAAGGGGCAGUUUAAGAAGCAGUCGGUGGCCAACGGCGUGGAGAUAUCUGUGCCCGUGCCCAGUGACGCCGACUCCCCGAAGUUCAAGACCAGUGUAGGCAGUGCCAAGUACGUGCCGGAAAAGAAUGUCGUUAUUUGGAGUAUUAAGUCUUUCCCGGGGGGCAAGGAAUACCUGAUGCGUGCCCACUUUGGCCUCCCCAGCGUGGAGAAGGAGGAGGUAGAGGGUCGGCCCCCUAUUGGGGUCAAGUUUGAGAUCCCCUAUUUCACCGUCUCCGGGAUCCAGGUUCGGUACAUGAAGAUCAUUGAGAAAAGCGGUUACCAGGCCCUGCCAUGGGUUCGCUACAUCACCCAAAGUGGCGAUUAUCAACUUCGGACCAGCUAGGAGAGAGAAGAGGUGGGGACUUGGACAUGGGGCCCUCCCUCUCCCCAGGCUGGGACUGUAGACUUGAGAGGGAGGAAGAUGGGGGAUGUGUACGAGGGAAGGCCCCAGACUUACAGUUUCUUGCUCCCAGCACCCAGCACCUGGCUUCCUCCCUGCCUUUCCCUCCACCCAUAGGCU